CGUAGGCUGACUGGAAUCGCAGGCACCCAGGCUAAUUACAGGAAGGAUUAUUCAGCCUAACACAAGAGGCGUAAUUGUGUAGGGAAGGAGCGAGCUUUUUCAGAAAAGUGAACACUGAUGGACUGGAGGGGGUUGUAGGGUGGGGCACUUGCAAGGAUCAACUUGUCAAAUUGCAGCCUGAAAGGUAGAAGACAUUGGAGCUCCCUUGCAGACGGAGCACAGACUGUGAACAUUCUCCUGAAGAAGCACCAGUCCAGCACGAGUUAAUGGGAAAAUAUUCUCGCCUGUUUUGAAACAUUUAUCAAACAGACGCUUCCCCAACCCUACAGACAAGUUAUUAAUUUUUAAUCGACCAGCAGUGGAAGUAUGAUGUACUCCCUUCUUUUCCUUCUUUUGUCCUGUCUGAUGAAGCUGGUUUCGUGCUUGACAUCUCUUGCCAUGGUUGUACCCCAGGAUCCAGUCCUAACCAUGGGGUCAUCGCUAACUUUCACCUGCAUUAUGAAGUCUGGGGUGAAAGUGGACCCCCGUGAACUCUACUGGACGCUGAAUGGCCAGAGGCUUCCCUCGGAGCUGUACACACUGGUGAACAGCAGUGCGCUGAAAGUGACAUUGCAUGGGCUGAAUGGGUCACGGCAACAAUCCGGCGACAACUUGCUGUGUCACCGAAUGGACGGCAGGAUUCUCGCCGGGUCAUGUCUCUACGUGGGCCUUCCCCCCGAGAAACCCACCAACAUCACCUGCUGGUCGAAGAACGCUAAGGACCUAACCUGUAAAUGGAGCCCAGGAGGCGAGGGUGAAACAUUCCUUCAUACAAAGUACACACUGAAAUACAAGCUACGGUGGUAUGGUAAAGAGAAUGAAUGCCAGGGCAUAGUUGGACUGAACUCUUGCUGCAUUCCCAAGGAUCUUGCUCUCUUCACUCCAUAUGAAAUCUGGGUCGAGGCAUCAAACAAACUGGGGUCAGCAGCUUCCGACAUCAUCUCUCUGGACAUCCUGGAUGUGGUUACCACGGAUGCUCCAUUUGAUGUUCAGGUGAAUCGUGUUGGUGAUCUUGAGGACCAGCUCAGUGUCCGUUGGAGCUCCCCAACAGCAUUGAAAGACUUCCUCUUUCAGGCCAAGUACCAGAUCCGGUAUCGUGUUGAGGACAGCACCGAGUGGAAGGUUGUGGAUGAUAUUGGAAACCAGACCCUGUGCCGAUUGGCAGGGCUGAGACCAGGCACUGUGUACUUUGUGCAAGUGCGUUGUAAUCCUGUCGGCAUUUAUGGUUCGAGGAAGGCUGGAAUUUGGAGUGAAUGGAGUAUCCCCACAGCUGCCUCCACUCCCCGGAACGAGAGAUCGAGUGGCACCUGUUACCAGAAGAGUGGAGAGAGUGGCUCUAACCUGCGGCGCGAGCUGAAGCAGUUCUUUGGCUGGGUGAAGAAGCAUGCCUAUGGGUGCACAGCCCUCAAUAUCAAAUUGUACGACCAGUGGCGUGUGUGGCUGCAGAAAUCGCACAAGACACGGAACCAGAACCAAGAAGUUGCUGUUUUCGUUGGAUUGCAGGAAGAUUCUCCUGGUCGGUAACUCCAAAUAUUCUUCUCCGAAAGUACGGACCCCUUGGGGCUUAUCGGAAGGAUUGGUCUUUAAUCCAGUAAGAAUGUAUGAAGCUGUCACCACAACCUAACCCAUCGUUAGUCAUGGAGCAGUUACAGAUACUAACACAUGUGUAUUCAUUCAUAAAAUAAAGAUCCAGAAGAUGACUGAGUGGCAUACAGUGUUUAGACACUGAUCUGUCACCUCAGGAAUCUAUGAUCAAACUCA